CGACACCCAAACUGCACCACAAAGCUUCUCUUCGACCUCAACUGUCAACAACAACAGUUUGUCGUCGCACGUUUUAAACAAUAGAUCGCAAAGUUUACCACAAACUGCCAAGAUGGACGCGUUCAAGGGAUUCCAGAAAAGCCUCACCUCGCUGGGCGGGCAGAUCACCCCAUUUGCCUCGCGCACCUUUCAGUACACAAAGGAGCAGCUGGGUCAAGCCGAGGACAAGACCCAGCUCCCGCCCGACUACAUCGACCUCGAGAAGCGGGUCGAUGCGCUCAAGGCAGUCCAUCAGAAGAUGCUUGCGGUGACGUCGCAGUACUCGAACGAGGCGUACGACUACCCGCCUAACAUCAAGGAAACCUUCCAGGACCUAGGCCGCACCGUCAGCGAAAAGGUGACGCUCCUGUCCGGCGCCACGUCCCCGGCCGAGGCGCAGGCGGCCCUCACUGCCCCGCCGACCGCCAAGCCGCAGCCCAAGACGUUCCACCACGCCAUGGCACGGGCCUCGCUGGCGGGCAGCCAGACGCUGCACCAGCAGCACACGGGGGCGGGCGAGGACCCGCUGGCGACGGCGCUGGAGAAGUACGCGCUGGCGAUGGAGCGGGUGGGCGAGGCGCGCAUGACGCAGGACGCGCAGGUGCAGAGCCGCUUCCUGGCCGGCUGGAACACCACCCUCAACACCAACAUCCUCUUCGCCACCCGCGCCCGCCGCGCCGUCGAGAAGGCCCGCCUCACCCUCGACGCCGUCAAGGCCCGCGUCAAGGGCACCACCUGGAAGAUGGCCGGCGCCGGGCCCGCCUCGCCCCGCUCCGCCGAACCCCAUGACGAGCACGAGCUGAGCGCCGAGGCGCAGGAGGAGAUUGAGAAGGCUGAGGACGAGUUUGUCACGCAGACGGAGGAGGCUGUGGGGGUGAUGAAGAAUGUCCUCGACACCCCCGAGCCGCUGCGCAACCUGGCCGAGCUGAUCGCGGCGCAAAUGGAGUUCCACAAGAAGGCCCACGAGAUUCUGAGCGAGUUGGCACCCAUCGUCGAUGGGCUGCAGGUCGAACAGGAGGCGAGCUAUCGCAAGAGCCGAGAGAGCGCCUCCUAAGCGGGGCGGAAUGUGGGGAGACGGGAGGUUCAGUGCCGGCCUGGAUGCCGAGCCGAGGGGAAGCAUCAUGUGCGAGGUCGGACAUGUUUGCGCAAAGGUCUGUCUGUCGUGUAGGGAUCACUCCGCGGGAUCGUUCUUCUAUCUAUCAAUACGCAGUUUGGUUGUCCCGAUGUGGUUGGUUUUGUUCUUGCCUGGCUCGGCCUGGUUAUAUUGUUUUUCUUGAUUUCACGAGGUGAUGGUUGUAGAUGACUUUACCUACUAUUCUUGGCCGGCUGAAUGCUGCAAACUAUGCGUUCUUUCCGACGUAGCUUUACCAUGAAUCAUUCUAAACUGUUAGAAUCCCAUUUUUUCAAUCCUCGGUAUGAUGCCACAUCGAAGAUGGUUCCGAUGGCACGAGUGAGCGUAUG